AUGGAGCUGCAUCCGCCGGUAUAUAUAAACUUAAAAGGUAGACUUGAUGAUAUUAUUGUUAAUCAACUGCAACAACUUGUCAAUGGAGGACAAUUUGUGGCAGAUUUAAGUAAUUUACAACCAGAAGAUGGAGACUAUACCGUCACCAAACAAGAUGAAGCAACAGUCAAGUUGUAUUCACAAUUGAGACAGUUCUACGAUGAAGGAAACUUCAACGAGAUUAUGUUUUUACUUCCCCAGAUAUCUCGAUUGAAUAUUAUUCCCCCAAUUUUCCAUUUGAUUAUUGGUUGUACUAUGGUUCAUUUCGGAAGGUUAUCGAGUGCUUUUAGAGAAAUUGGUGUUGCUAUAUGUUUAGCACCUAAUGAAGUUGAUAGAAAAGAGUUUAUUAAAGUGUUAGCUUUUACUUAUGCUGAUCUAAAUGAUAAAGAUUCUGCUAUGGGUUGUCUUGGGGAAAUAUUGGAUAUUUCAAGAGGUAGUUUAUUAGGUACUAAACAAUUUGAUCAAAUGAAGUUUGACAUAUGCCAAUUGGAGAAAGACAUUUUGAUCAAAUUGGAACAAGCAAAAACGAACAAACAACCAGUUGCAGGGAAAACUAAAUCAUUUGAUGAUCAAGUAUUGGAUUUAAUCGCAUUAAAUAAAAUAUCUCCCAAGGAUUCUUUUACCGGUAAGUGCCAAAUAAUCAUUAGUAAAAUUAACCAAGCCGAUGCUUUGUUACAACAAUGGGAUAAAGAAAGAAAACCCUUGUUGAAACAGAAUCCCCUUAAACUAUUGAUUGAAGCUAUUUUAGUAUUGGGGCAGAGUAUCGCGUAUUAUGGAAUGUUGAAAUUAGAGCCCAUUAUGAAUCAAUACUUUGAAUUUAUCGAAAAUCAUGCAAAAACUAAUAAGCCACCAAAAACUAGAGCCGUUUCAGCUUUUUUCUUGGGCGGAUUGACACCUCUUUCCGUGAAUGGAGGAAACGGGAAUGCCAAUGUCUCGGCAACAUCAGCUAGCUCUUUAAAUAGUACCUACUCCACCGCUCAACAAAUGAAAAUAAUCAAAGGAUUCAUUGCAAUGUUACGUCAUAAUUACAGAGAAGCUUCUGAUCUUUUUAAUGAAGCAGAAGACGAAAACUUAGAUUACUAUAGUCAUGUUUUGAUCCUCAAAUAUAUUUGUCAAUCAAAUGAUCAACAAUUGCAUCGAAGGGAGUUAGAGAUACUUGGUGAUAAAAUUAUGCAGACUCCAUUUGUUUCUUCUUUUAAAUUUCACACGUUGGCUAAAAUCUAUGAACGUUUGUACGUUUUGGAGCAAAUGAAUUUGUCAAGACAUAGAAGAAGAAGUAUAAUGAGGAAUUCAACCCACCCUAAUUAUCAUGAUAUACUGAUGAAGUUUUACUUGUCAGCUGCUGCAUAUGCCCAAGAUGAUGAUUUGUACAUCACUCAAUACUAUGAUAAUAUUCUCAACUUCUUGAUUGGGGCAAGUGAAAAACGAGGGGAUAAUGAUGAUAGCCAUGAUAAGGUGCGUAUCCUAACCUUGUCAUUCUUUUACCAAGUUCGUAAUUACUUUUGCUUAAGAUCAGACUAUAAUUAUCUUUAUAUUCCUAAUUUAGUCGGUGACUGGCAAGUAAUUAAAGCCAAUAGUAAAUUGAAGCUCCAAAUUGAACGGUUUUUAGAUCCUGAUAUCGUUGAAACUUCGUUGAUGACGGGGCCCUCUCCAGCAAGUGCUCAUAAUCAUAAGAGAUCUAUCAAGCUGUUUGAUAUGAUUGGAUUUUGGGAAAAAGAAUACGUCAAAUUUAAAGGGGAGAUACCGGAUACAAUCAAGCAGUACUUACAAAAGAAGUGA